AUGUGGUGCUGUUUGGGGCCACUCGGCCCAGCCCGUGGCCCACGAGAAUGUGGAUUUGGGCUGGGCUGGGCGGUGAAGCCAGCUGGCCGCCUGCAGACGCACAGAGAGCUCACGGAGCAGGCCCGUGGCCCCUCGGAUUCCUCGCCAGACAGCAGUUCAGAGUCUCAGCCAACAAGUGUGUUUCCAGCUGCUUCUAAACUGAGCACUUUUUCUCCCUGGCUUCUGCUGCUGCUUCUGCGAUUCCUCAAGCAGAGUUUGAACCCGGUUGAAAAAGAAAGGGGAUGUCUGCCUCUUGCUCACCAGCAGUAA